GUUUGACGUUUGAGUGUUUGUGAACGGUGCCUCGGUCUCUCGCAAGUCAUCGGUAAAACAAAUUUCACAGCCAAAAGUGACACAGCAACUGUAUCCCGAAAUUUAAAAUGUUCCGCAACCAGUACGACAGCGAUGUCACGGUAUGGAGCCCUCAGGGCCGCCUUCAUCAGGUGGAAUAUGCCAUGGAAGCGGUCAAGCUGGGUUCGGCCACCGUCGGUCUCAAGAACAAAGAAUACGCCGUGUUGAUCGCCCUGAAGCGAGCUUCCUCGGAACUGUCCUCGUACCAGAAGAAAAUCAUCUCCAUCGAUGACCAUCUCGGAAUCUCGAUCGCCGGAAUCACAGCCGAUGCGCGAAUCCUAAGCCGGUACAUGCGCCAGGAAUGUCUGAACUACAAGUACUCGUACGAUGAUAACUACCCGGUUGGACGAUUGAUUGCCAAUGUGGGCAAUAAGAUGCAAGUCUGCACCCAGCGCUACGAUCGACGCCCUUAUGGCGUUGGGCUGCUGGUGGCCGGCUUCGACGAUCAGGGACCUCAUAUCUAUCAGACCUGCCCGAGUGCCAACUUCUUCGAUUGCAAGGCCAUGUCCAUUGGUUCCAGAUCGCAGAGUGCCAGGACCUAUCUGGAAAAGCACUUGAACGAGUUCCCGGAUUGCAGCAGGGAGGAACUGAUCCGACACGGAGUGCAGGCUCUGCAGGACACUUUGCCCAACGAAGUGGAGCUGAACAAUAAGAACAUUUCCAUUGCCAUCGUCGGCAAGGAUGAAAAGUUCCGCAUUUUGGAGGAGCAAGAGAAUGCUCAAUACUUGACCAACAUCGUUCGUCGCGGUGGAGGUGGAAUUGGCCAGGCUGCUUCCAGUGGUGGUCAACCGCCGGCUGAUGAUGACCAGCCGCAGCCCCCAAACGAGCCGAUCCCAGCCGUGGCGAUGGAAAGCUAAAGUGGAGUGCUUCCGGGGAAACGUUGACCGGUGAGUCCUAUGUGACGUUUUGGGCGUAUUGCGACUCGGCGAAGACGUUUCCGGAGCAC